AAAUGGCUACACUGAUCUUAGGAAAAGGUUGCAUUAAUCAUUUAGACGCGUAUGCAAGUUGUUUGUGAUUUUCUCAUUAAUUGUGUUCAUCUAUAAAUCAAAACGAUGGAAGCCUCAAUUACUCAGCCAAAUCAACAAAGAUGUGGAUUAUUUUACAGCAAAUUAGCAAGCAUAAGUGGAAUAAUGAAUCUCAUCAAAUCAGCUGUGUUCGUCUAUGACACGGUAACCCUUCCUGGCUAUUAUUUAGCAAACAAACCUUGGGCCAAUAAAAGUGGAUCACCUGGACAUAAAUGUACAACAAAAGUGUCUAUUACACCGUCAACCAAUGCUGAAACCGGAUUACCAGAAGUGACAAUAGUUCGUACUGGCGACCAGCCUGUAAGCCAUUUAGACUCCUAUGGUACAAUUGACUCUGCCAUGAGAGAUGUUUUUGGUCGAUUCUCAUCUAAACCUUGUCUAGGUUAUAGAGAAGUGUUUUUUGAAGAGGAGAUAAUCGCACCAGAAUCGGGUAAACGAUUAAAGAAAAAGAUACUUGCUCCUGCUUAUAAAUGGUUCACAUUUGCCCAGGUAGAUAAAUUGGUCGAUGACUGUUCUAGAGGAAUAUUAUCGCUUGAUUUAGCUCAAUCAGGUGAUCGAGUUGUCAUAUUUUCAGAGACUCGCAUGGAAUGGUUGAUCAGUUUUCAUGCUUUACUGCGCCUUAAUUGCCCGGUGGUUACUUUAUACGCUAAUCUAGGAUCCGACGGGAUUGUCCAUGUUCUUAACCAAACAGAAGCAACAGUUGCCAUAGUUUCAUCAGAAGUAAUCAACAAGUUGACUGAAUUACGAGGUGAAUUAAAGUACCUUCGACAUUUGAUUUUAUUGGAAAGCAAAGGAUGUAUUCCAAUUGAUACAAGCCAACUCAACUCACAAUAUAAUAUCGUCCCAUGGUCAACCCUUUUAUCCACUGGUGGCUCAUCAUCACCUCAUUUGAAACCCAAAGAAGUAUCAACUGAAAACUCAAAUGCUCUUAUAAUGUACACUUCAGGCUCAACUGGAGUCCCAAAAGGAGUUGUAAUCAGCCAUAAAAAUUUUUUGACUGCCGUUCGUGCAAUGAACACCAUUCUUGACCAGUAUCACGAUAAAAAUGGUGUUCACAUUGGUUACCUUCCCCUUGCUCAUAUUUAUGAAUGUGUCGUUGAACAUUGUAUAAUCAUGAUGGGACUUCAAGUUGGCUACUCCUCACCCUUUACAUUAACCAAUAACUCACCCGGCAUUAAAUCAGGAGUUGACGGUGAUUUGACUGUUCUUAAACCUAGACUUUUAUGCGGAGUUCCCUUGAUUCUGGACAGGAUACGAAAAGAAGUAACCAAACUGGUGGAAGCUAAAGGAGGUUUAGCCGCUAAAAUGUUUCACUUUGGUUUAGAUUAUAAAAACUAUUGGAUGUCCAAAGGAUUUGAGACACCUUUAAUGGAUAAACUGGUCUUUUCACGGACCCUCUCUGCUCUUGGAGGUAAACUUGUGGCCAUUGUUUCAGGAGGAGCACCACUUUCGGUAGAGACUCAAUAUUUUGCCAGAGCGUGCUUUUCUUGCAGUUUAAUUGUCGGCUAUUCAGCGACCGAAGUAUGUGCUGCUGGUACUUGCAUGGAUCUCGGUGAUAUGACUCUUGGAAAUGUAGGAUUCCCAUUGUUUGGCAUUAAAAUACGUCUGAUUCCAUGGGAAGAGGCUGGUUACAGUCCUGAUGAUAAACCUUACCCUCGAGGUGAGAUAGUCAUUGGUGGCGAUACAGUGGCCAUGGGAUAUUAUAAGAAUGAAGAAGAAUCAGAAUCAGCGUUUAAAGUAGAAAACGGAAUUCGCUGGUUUUAUACAGGAGAUAUUGGUGAAAUGUUACCUGAUGGAAAGCUUAGGAUUAUUGACAGACGUAAAGAUUUGGUUAAAUUACAGUUUGGUGAAUACAUUUCACUAGGAAAGGUUGAAUCGGGUCUAAGUGGUAAUCCUUUGGUUGAGUCAAUCUGUGUUUAUGGCGAUGGUUUGCACAAUUAUACAAUUGCCUUGAUUGUUCCUAAUUCACAGUCACUGAAACUAUUGGCAUCCAAAAUUUCACCUGAUUUGGCUGAUGAGUCUUUUGAAGAUUUAUGUGAUAACCCGAAAGUCAAUCAAGUGUUUGUUGAUGAAAUUGGCCGUUUCUCAAUGAACAUUGGUUUAAACAAAUAUGAGAUUCCAAGGAAAAUUAAAUUAUGCAAAGAAGAGUGGACACCAGAUUCGGGUUUGGUGACUGCCGCUAUGAAAAUCCGUCGAAAUGAGUUGAAGAAGUUUUACGCCCGUGAUAUUGAAUUAAUGUAUUCUGAUAAUGUUGUUGACCAGAAUCAGAAUCUAAGAAAAAUUUAGAUAUUU